AUGGCCGAUCAUGGGGCAGCUGAGCCGUCCUCCAGGUCGGGGAGUCCGGACCAGGAAGGUCAGGUCUCUGAAGACCGAUCAUUGCUUCAUCAGAAACUGGCUGUGAAGGAGCUCAUGGACACUGAGGUCUCCUACUUGCACAUGCUCCGGCUCUGUGCUGACAUCAGGAGCCGCCUCCAGCAGCUGCCGCAGGGAGAUCUAGAUGUCCUGUUCUCAAACAUUGAUGAUAUCAUCAAGGUGAACAGCAGAUUUCUUCAUGAUUUGCAAGAGACAGCCUCCAAGGAAGAGGAACAAGUGUACCUAAUUGGUCGCUUAUUCCUGGAAUUCAAAGAGGAGUUGGAGGAAGUCUAUAAGGUCUACUGUGCCAGCUAUGACCAGGCCUUGCUGCUGGUGGAGGCUUACCGGAAGGAGCCAGAGCUGCAGCAGGAGAUCCAGGGCAUCAUUGAGCUGGUGGUGCCACAAGCUGGAUUUUCAGGCCUCAGUUUCUUAUUAGUACACCCUCUCCAGAGGAUUACCAAGUACCCGUUGCUGCUGCAGAAAAUCCUGGCGAACACACCCCUUGAUGCCAGAUACCCUGUCCUUCAGAGGGCUACCUCUGCCCUCCAGGAUGUGAAUGCCAACAUCAAUGAGUACAAGAUGCGCAAGGAAGUAGCGUCUAAGUACGCCAAGGUGGAGCAACUGAGCCUCCGGGACUGACUGGCCCACAUCAACACACACACCCUCUCCAAGAAGACCACCCGGCUAAGUCAGCUGCUAAAGCAGGAAGCAGGGCUAGUGCCCAGGACGAAAGACAAGGAAUUUGAUAAUUUGGAAGAGAGGUUCCAGUGGGUGUCUCUGUGUGUAACUGAGCUGAAGAACAACAUGGCUGCUUACCUGGAUAAUCUGGAGGCUUUCCUCCGAUACAGGCCACAUGAAUACAAUCUGGACAUUCCCGGGGGGCCUGUGGUGCAGUAUUGCAGCUUGGCAAGAGACCUUCAACUUGAGGCCUUCGUGAAGUUUAAGCAGUGACUGGAAGGCCUGGUGUGGCGGCCACUGUGCAGCCUGUCCAAAGCCCUCGUCGGCCCUCAGAACCUAAUCAAGAAGCGUCUGGACAAACUCCUGGACUUUGAGCAGGUUGAGGAGAAACUGCUAGAGGUGGGCAGCGUGACCUAUGAGGAAGAGGCCACCCGGCACACGUACCAGGCACUCAACUCCCUGCUGGUGGCUGAGCUCCCGCAGUUUAACCAGAUGGCCAUGCGGUGGCUGGGCCAGAUCCUGCUCACAUUCAUGGCCCUCCAGAGGGAUCUUGCAGAGCAAGUGCUGCAGAGGGCGGAGGGCAGCAUGGCCCAGCUGCCCCACCACCACUUCUCCGAGCCAGCCUUCAGGAAGCUGAUGGAGGACUCACUAGGCGAGACCAGUAACCAGCUCCGCUCCUUUCAAGAGACCUUUGAGAGAGUGCCACCACCUCCCAUGAUGCAACCACUCCUUCCAGGGUCUGAACACCAGGUGCAGGCUCUCCUGACUAAGUACGGCACUGAGAAGCUGUAUCAGGUGACAAGCAACAUCAGCAGGGCUGGGACUCUGGACCUGACACUCCUGCGGGGCCAAAUUGUGGCCCUUCUUCAAAACAAGGACACCAAAGGCAACAGUGGCCGCUGGCUGGUGGACACCGGAGGUAAUUGCGGAUAUGUACCAGCUAGGAAACUGCAGCCAUACCAAGUGGUCCCCAGUGAGGACCCCAGAGGGUAGGUGAAGCCACACAAGAACUCACGACAUCUAACACCAGAGCCCACCCAGGCCCCAGGGUCCUCUGCCCCCACCAUAACCCAGGUGGUAGCAGCGUACCCCUUUGUGGCCAGAAGCAGCCAUGAAGUGAGCCUAGAAGCAGGCCAGCCUGUGACUGUUCUGGAGGCCCAGGACAAGAAGGGGAACCCGGAAUGGAGCCUGGUGGAAGUGAAUGGAUGGAGGGGAUACGUGCCUUCUGGCUUCUUGGCCAGAGCCCCAAGCCCAGCUCCGUGGGGCUGGAGCCUGCCAACUUAGGGUG